UCCUCCCAUCCUUACAGUGCACUGUCGCCAUGUUGUCCUCUCUCGGAGCCACACUAGUCUUCCUGCAGGGCUGUGCAAGUUUCCACACACUUCAUAGGUGUGUCUACGGUCCUCUGGAAGACGCGAGACGAUUUGACGAACAGCAGCGGCGGCAACAACCCCCAGGGAUGUGUCUCACAAAAGAGUGUAUACAACACGCCAACAACGUCUGGUCUCGCAUGAACAGAAGCGCUGACCCCUGUGAAGAUUUCUUUGAGUAUUCCUGUGGCGGUUGGGUACGGAGUCACGCUAUCCCGGACGACCGCUCAUUUUACGACACCAUAGCACUUCUCCACGAUGUGUCCCAGCGGCAACUGAGAGAUCUCAUGGAGGUUGCAGGUUCUAUGGAAGAUCCCGAGUCAAUGCAGAGAGCUAGGACCCUGUACAACUCAUGUGUGGAUGAAGAUACAAUUGAAUUCAAAGGAACACUCCCAGUUACUGACUUCCUCAGACAAUAUGGCGGAUGGCCACUGUUGCAAAGGGGAGAUAACCUGCCCAUUACAAUAGAGGAUUUGAUAGCUACGGCUACUAACGAUUUCAUGAACGUUAUUGUCACCAUAUCAGUCUCAGAAGAUUUAAAGAAUUCGUCACGGAUGGUCAUUUAUCUGGACCAAACGUGGCUGGGAAUGGGCAACCGAGGCUAUUUCCUGCAUGGUUUACAGGACAAGUUAAUGGUGGCCUACAGAACGUUCAUCAGGAAUGUUGCCACUGAGCUAGGAGCUGAUCAAACCACCAUUGAUGCUGAUGUUGACGACUUAAUAGACUUCGAAGUUAAUUUGGCUAAUAUAUCCAUACCAAUGGAGGAGAGGCGAGAUUAUAAUGCGUUAUACACCAAGAGGACUGUUGGGGAAAUGUCGGAUUUAUACCCAGUGAUAAAUUGGUUGUCAUUAUUGCAACUUGCGACGGGCAGUGCUGGCGUCAAUAUAAGAAAAGGGGACGAUGUUAUAGACUUUUCUGAAGGCUACUUUCAACAACUUGUUCCUUUGCUGCAAAAUACCCCACUUAGAGUGAUCCAGAAUUAUGUGGUGUGGAGAUUUAUGCGCAAACAGGUGACGGCUCUACCACAGGUUUUCCAAACUUAUGAACAGGAAUUCAAAGAGGUAGUCAUUGGCGUGACGUCACUUCCUCCCCGCUGGCACAGCUGCUUGCAAGUCGUAGAUAGUUUCAUGCCCUAUGUAGUCGGACGGAUGUUUGUACAAGAACACUUUCUGCCCACCUCCAAGAAUGAUGUCACCGAGGCAAUACGGUACGUGAAAGAUGCCUUCAGACAGAGACUAGACGACAUCACAUGGAUGGACGAACAAACAAAAGACUUAGCUAGAGACAAGUUGGCAAGUAUGACGAGCAAGAUCGGAUAUCCUGACGAGUUGUAUAACACCACCUACCUGGACAACAUGUACCCAUUUGAAGUCGAGGAGGGAGAAUAUUUCAAGAAUGUUGCAUCUUGGAAGAGGAUGCGAACAGCGAUGGAAUGGCGGAAACUGCUGAAACCAUCUGACAAGUCAUUAUGGAUGAUGUCUCCGGCGGUAGUGAAUGCUUACUACAAUCCGUCCAGCAAUGAAAUGGUCAUCAUGGCUGCCCUGCUACAGCCGCCCCUCUUCUCCCCGGGGCUCCCCAAGUAUGUGAACUACGGGGCCUAUGUCGCGAGUGUAUUGGGACACGAGUUGACCCACGGCUUCGACGACGUAGGUCGGCUGUUCGACAAGAAUGGCAACCUCGUUGAGUGGUGGAGUACUGAUGUCAUAAAAGCCUUUAAAGAUAAAGCUCAGUGUUUCAUAGACCAGUACUCUCAGUACCACGAGGCUUCAGUCAACGUGUCGGUGAACGGGAUCAACACGCAAGGUGAAAACAUUGCUGACUGUGGUGGAGUAAAGCAGGCUUAUCGGGCAUAUCGCAAUCUUGUCGGAGAUCUGCAGGCCGAAGAGCCGCUCCUGCCUUAUCUUGGCCUCAGUCAGGACCAGGCCUUCUUCAUCAGCUAUGCCCAGUCGUGGUGCGCCAGUUACAGGAAGGAGGGACUGGAGGCUACCAUCAGGGGGGAUGUCCACAGUCCCAACAUGUACAGAAUCAUUGGCGCGUGUCAAAACUCUUUUGAGUUUGCGGAAGCCUUUCGUUGCCCAGUUGGAAGUUACAUGAACCCGCCCACAAAGUGUGAACUGUGGUAGUUAUGUGUCUACACGACGUGUAGUGAACUGUGGUAGUUAUGUGUCUACACGACGUGUAGUGAACUGUGGUAGUUAUGUGUCUACACGACGUGUUGUGAACUGUGGUAGUUAUGGGUCUACACGACGUGUAGUGAACUGUGGUAGUUAUGGGUCUACACGACGUGUAUUGAACUGUGGUAGUUAUGUGUCUACACGACGUGUAUUGAACUGUGGUAGUUAUGUGUCUACACGACUUGUAGUGAACUGUGGUAGUUAUGUGUCUACACGACUUGUAGCGAACUGUGGCAGUUAUGUGUCUACACGACUUGUAGUGAACUGUGGUAGUUAUCUGUCUGCACGACGUGUAGUGAACUGUGGUAGUUAUGUGUCUACACGACUUGUAGUGAACUGUGGUAGUUAUGUGUCUGCACGACGUGUAGUGAACUGUGGUAGUUAUGUGUCUACGCGACGUGUAGUGAACUGUGGUAGUUGUGGGUCUACACGACUUGUAGUGAACUGUGGUAGUUAUGUGUCUACACGACGUGUAGUGAACUGUGGUAGUUGUGGGUCUACACGACUUGUAGUGAACUGUGGUAGUUAUGUGUCUGCACGACUUGUAGUGAACUGUGGUAGUUAUGUGUCUACGCGACGUGUAGUGAACUGUGGUAGUUAUCUGUCUGCACGACUUGUAGUGAACUGUGGUAGUUAUCUGUCUGCACGACGUGUAGUGAACUGUGGUAGUUAUGUGUCUACACGACUUGUUGUGAACUGUGGUAGUUAUGGGUCUACACGACCUGUUGUGAACUGUGGUAGUUAUGGGUCUACACGACUUGUAGUGAACUGUGGUAGUUAUGGGUCUAUACGACUUGUAGUGAACUGUGGUAGUUAUGUGUCUACGCGACUUGUAGUGAACUGUGGUAGUUAUGUGUCUACACGACGUGUAGUGAACUGUGGUAGUUAUGUGUCUACACGACUUGUAGUGAACUGUGGUAGUUGUGUGUCUACACGACGUGUAGUGAACUGUGGUAGUUAUGUGUCUACACGACUUGUAGUGAACUGUGGUAGUUGUGUGUCUACACGACUUGUAGUGAACUGUGGUAGUUGUGUGUCUACACGACUUGUAGUGAACUGUGGUAGUUAUGUGUCUACACGACUUGUAGUGAACUGUGGUAGUUGUGUGUCUACACGACUUGUAGUGAACUGUGGUAGUUGUGUGUCUACACGACUUGUAGUGAACUGUGGUAGUUGUGGGUCUACACGACGUGUAGUGAACUGUGGUAGUUAUGUGUCUACACGACGUGUAGUGAACUGUGGUAGUUGUGGGUCUACACGACGUGUAGUGAACUGUGGUAGUUGUGUGUCUACACGACUUGUAGUGAACUGUGGUAGUUAUGUGUCUACACGACUUGUAGUGAACUGUGGUAGUUGUGUGUCUACACGACUUGUAGUGAACUAUGGUAGUUAUGUGUCUACACGACUUGUAGUGAACUGUGGUAGUUGUGUGUCUACGCGACUUGUAGUGAACUGUGGUAGUUGUGUGUCUACGCGACUUGUAGUGAACUGUGGUAGUUAUGUGUCUACACGACUUGUAGUGAACUGUGGUAGUUAUGUGUCUGCACGACGUGUAGUGAACUGUGGUAGUUAUGUGUCUACACGACGUGUAGUGAACUGUGGUAGUUAUGAGUCUACACGACGUGUAGUGAACUGUGGUAGUUAUGUGUCUACGCGACGUGUAGUGAAGUGUCGUAGUUAUGUGUCUACACGACGUGUAGUGAACUGUGGUAGUUAUGAGUCUACACGACGUGUAGUGAACUGUGGUAGUUAUGUGUCUACGCGACGUGUAGUGAAGUGUCGUAGUUAUGUGUCUACACGACGUGUAGUGAACUGUGGUAGUUAUGUGUCUACACGACUUGUAGUGAACUGUGGUAGUUGUGUGUCUACACGACUUGUAGUGAACUAUGGUAGUUAUGUGUCUACACGACUUGUAGUGAACUGUGGUAGUUGUGUGUCUACGCGACUUGUAGUGAACUGUGGUAGUUGUGUGUCUACACGACUUGUAGUGAACUGUGGUAGUUAUGUGUCUACACGAGUUGUAGUGAACUGUGGUAGUUGUGUGUCUACACGACUUGUAGUGAGCUGUGGUAGUUAUGGGUCUACACGACGUGUAGUGAACUGUGGUAGUUGUGUGUCUACACGACGUGUAGUGAACUGUGAUAGUUAUGGGUCUACACGACGUGUAGUGAACUGUGGUAGUUAUGUGUCUACACGACGUGUAGUGAACUGUGAUAGGUGUUUGUCCACACGAUUUGUAGUGAACUGUGGUAGUUGUGGGUCUACACGACGUGUAGUGAACUGUGGUAGUUAUGUGUCUACACAACGUGUUGUGAACUGUGGUAGUUAUGUGUCUACACGACGUGUAGUGAACUGUGGUAGUUAUGUGUCUACACGACGUGUUGUGAACUGUGGUAGUUAUGUGUCUACACGACGUGUAGUGAACUGUGGUAGUUAUGUGUCCACACGAGUUGUAGCGAACUGUGGUAGUUGUUUGUCUACGCGACUUGUAGUGAACUGUGGUAGUUAUGAGUCUACACGACUUGUAGUGAACUGUGGUAGUUAUGUGUCUACACGACGUGUAGUGAACUGUGGUAGUUAUGUGUCUACACGACGUGUAGUGAAAUGUGGUAGUUAUGUGUCUACACGACUUGUUGUGAACUGUGGUAGUUAUGUGUCUACACGACGUGUUGUGAACUGUGGUAGUUAUGUGUCUACACGACGUGUAGUGAACUGUGGUAGUUAUGUGUCUACACGACGUGUAGUGAAAUGUGGUAGUUAUGUGUCUACACGACUUGUUGUGAACUGUGGUAGUUAUGUGUCUACACGACGUGUUGUGAACUGUGGUAGUUAUGUGUCUACACGACUUGUAGUGAACUGUGGUAGUUAUGUGUCUACACAACGUGUUGUAAACUUUGGUAGUAAUGGGUCUACACGACUUGUAGUGAACUGUGGUAGUUAUGUGUCCACACGAGUUGUAGCGAACUGUGGUAGUUGUUUGUCUACGCGACUUGUAGUGAACUGUGGUAGUUAUGAGUCUACACGACUUGUAGUGAACUGUGGUAGUUGUGUGUCUACACGACUUGUCGUGAACUGUGGUAGUUAUGUGUCUACACGACGUGUAUUGAACUGUGGUAGUUGUUUGUCUACGCGACUUGUAGUGAACUGUGGUAGUUAUGAGUCUACACGACUUGUAGUGAUCUGUGGUAGUUGUGUGUCUACACGACUUGUAGUGAACUGUGGUAGUUAUGUGUCUACACGACGUGUAGUGAACUGUGGUAGUUAUGAGUCUACACGACUUGUAGUGAACUGUGGUAGUUAUGGGUCUACACGACGUGUAGUGAACUGUGGUAGUUGUGUGUCUACACGACGUGUAGUGAACUGUGGUAGUUAUGAGUCUACACGACUUGUAGUGAACUGUGGUAGUUAUGGGUCUACACGACGUGUAGUGAACUGUGGUAGUUGUGGGUCUACACGACGUGUAGUGAACUGUGGUAGUUAUGUGUCUACACGACGUGUAUUGAACUGUGGUAGUUAUGUGUCUACACAACGUGUUGUAAACUUUGGUAGUAAUGGGUCUACACGACUUGUAGUGAACUGUGGUAGUUAUGUGUCCACACGAGUUGUAGCGAACUGUGGUAGUUGUUUGUCUACGCGACUUGUAGUGAACUGUGGUAGUUAUGAGUCUACACGACUUGUAGUGAACUGUGGUAGUUGUGUGUCUACACGACUUGUAGUGAACUGUGGUAGUUAUGGGUCUACACGACGUGUAGUGAACUUAGGUAGUUAUGAGUCUACACGACUUGUAGUGAACUGUGGUAGUUGUGUGUCUACACGACUUGUAGUUAACUGUGGUAGUUAUGUGUCUACACGACUUGUAGUGAACUGUGGUAGUUAUGGGUCUACACGACUUGUCGUGAACUGUGGUAGUUAUGUGUCUACACGACUUGUCGUGAACUGUGGUAGAAUAAUGAUGACUUGUCCGGUAACAGCAACAUCACAUGUAAACGUUUCGUGGUCACUCAGGACAUAAUUGAUGUGUUUUGAUAGCAUUACAUUAACGAAAAUCAUUUCAUUCCGAGUAUAUUUGAAAUUAUUUUAGCACAAGUGAUUACCAUGCAAUAAAAAUGAGAAUGAGACGUGA